AUGGAAAUAAGAGCCGUUAUUUUAUUUAUUUCCUUUUUUGCGUAUAACGCAAAUAUUAUUAUAAAAAAUGAAUUUGUAAAAGCAAAACAAUAUUAUAGCUAUGAAUACAACAUAAAUCGAUCCAGUAAUUAUUUGCUACCUCAUACACAUGGAAUAUAUGCUUUCUCAUUAGACAAAACAACACCAAUUUUUAGUACAUUCGUUUUAAAUAAUAAUAAAUUCUUUAUCCGAAAUUAUUAUAAAUUUGAAAAAUAUUCCAAUUGUUGUUUGAGAUAUUUCCAGCUAAAGAUAUUUCAUAGUAAUAAUAUAGAAAUUUAUAGUAGACAUAGUAAACAGAAUAAAACUAUUUUUAUAGAUAUAAUUUUAAGUAAUGUAUUGAAUAAAAAACGAGCACAUUCGAAUAAUUACUUAUAUCAUUUAACUAUUGAUGAUUACAAAUUUGUUAAGCAUAAACAGGAGGGAUGUAAUGCAGAAAAUAUAAUUAGCACACAGGAGCGGAUAAUACAAGUAAAUAAAAAAACAAAAUAUAAAAGUAAUAAAGCAUAUGGUGUGGUUUCAUUUUUUAUAGAUUUGUACAAAUCCAUUCAAAAUAAAACCAUAGACUGUGUACUAUCAAAAAAUGAAAACAAUGGAUCAUUUUUAAAAGUCAUGGAUGGCUUUAAAAAUAAUAAAUGCCUUUUUAUAAGUGCUACACACUUACCUUCAAUAUAUUAUGAUUAUUUUAAUAAAAAUUAUGGCAAUAUAACAUCAAAAAAACGAAAGAAACGAGACCUCGAGGAAAUAAUAAAUAUGGGAAAUAUAUUUCAUCAAGUAGACAAAAAAAUAAAUAUUGCCACAAAAAGUCAUGAAUCAAAUAGAACAAUUAAUAGAAAGAGAGAUGUAUAUAAAAGUAGUAAAAAUGGCAGCAACAUACAGAAUCAGAAUAAUAUUAAAAAAAUAAAAUAUUCUAAGAAAAAUAGUACUAAGUUUUUGAAAUCGCGAUUUUUAGAUAAAAAAAUGUAUUAUUCAAAUCUAUCCAAAAUAAAAAAUAAUAUUUUGAGCACAAUCCACCUUAAUGAUAGAUUAUCUAAUAAUUUAAAUAAUUCUAGAAAAAUUCAAUUUACACCCAAUCAGACAUUUAUACGAACAAAAAAUGUUUUAAUAUCGUUAAAAAUAUAUGGUAGUAUAAAUGAUAAUGUUUAUAAUGGAUCUAUAUAUAUUUAUAAAAUUUAUGGAGAAUGUGAUGGAUUUGUAAUUGCAAAAGUUAAGAUAAUUGAUAUAACAAGUCUAUAUAUCAUAACAAAGCAUUUUGAAAUCAAUAAUAUUGGAACGUUUUCAAUUUGUUUUAAUACAAAUGAUACAUAUAUUCCAAUUGGUAAAUUAAAAAUCCAAAAUAAUUCAAUUGAACAAUUUGAUAUUAUUUCUAAUGAAAAUUAUAUAUCAACAUUUAAUUGCCCAAUAAAUGAAUCUUCUAUAUUAUUGCAUAUUAACUCACAUUACGGAGCUAUCUAUGCAGAUACCAACGGGAAAUUGUCAUAUAUUACUAAUAAACAUUCCGAAAUAGAAAAAAAAGUGAAAUCAAAACGUUAUUCUAUUGCAUGUUCGUCAUCAGGAAAUUACAUUGCUAUCCUCCAAAAACAAUAUGUAUUCAUUGUGGAAAAAAAUUUAAAAUUUUCUGGCGAAAUUAUUGCUCAUUUUUUAGAUAAUCCAAUUAGUAUAUUUUUAGAUAGGAAUAUUAUAUAUAUCACUGAUGCAAGCAGAAAAAAUAUAUUUCGAUAUAUUUCAGUUCAUAUAACAAAUAAAAAUAGGAGCCGCCAACUUUCAUUAUUAGACAUUAGACUUAACUCAGCACAGAGAAAUAGAAUACGCAAUGGAAAUUUCAAAAACAAAAUGCAUGAUAAAAAUAACAAAAAUUUCAAGAAAAAGUUAGCAAAUUUUGGAAUCACAAACUUAUUACAACUAAAUAAAUUUAUACAUAGUGUCGAAGAUUAUGAAAUUCUAAAUGGAAUAAGUUAUACUAUAGGAAAUACCCCAUAUGAAGAAGUUUUAUCAAAUAUGCCAACAGAAAAUAUGCAUUCACAAGCAUUAAUAAAUGAUAGAAUUUCCCUAGUUUAUCCAGCAGGUAUUGUAGUUUUCAAUAAUAAAGUGUAUUUUGUUGAUACAAUUUUGCAUACACUAUUUUGUUAUUGUUUAAUAAAAAAAGAAAUGAUAGAAAUGUAUGGUUAUUUGAAUUCACCGAUUAAAAGUGAUAGCGGCUUAGACCAGCCAUAUUCCUUAUCACUAUAUUAUUAUGAUGAAGCAAAAACAAACCUUUUAUUUUUAAGUGAGUUAUCUACACCAAGAAUACUAAUUUUUGAAAUAGAUAAUAAUAUUAAAUUAUAUCAAGUAUAUAAUGAUUUACCAUUUAAUAUUGCUACUAAUGUUAUUACAACAUCCCGUUUUUUGGUAGUAUGUGGAAUUAAUUUAAAUAAUGAAAGUAUUACAACUUAUAUUACAUUUAUUGAAAUACAAGAUUUAUCCGAUAUAAAAAUAAAAUAUAAUGGCUUUCCUCGUUCAUUCAAGUAUAAAGAAGUAGUAAACAUACAACCUUUAAUAAAAAGUGAUAAUAUUAUAAAAUUUAAAAUGAAUCAAUAUGACCAUAAUAUUCCAGAUAAUAAUAUUAUUACUGGAUUGAAAAUAAAAAAAUAUACUGGUAUUAUUUAUGGGACAAUAGAAAUAUCUGCUAUAUUUGAUAUAGAAAUAACAGUAUAUAGCAAUUUUAAAAAAAAAAUAUUAAUUUUAAAAAAAAACAUUUCGUCAUGCCCUAAAGGCCAUUUUUAUAGUAAUAAUAAUAAUUGUGAGUUAUGUCCUAUUGGAUAUUUUAGUAAAUAUAACAGGAAAGAUGAAUGCUAUAGCUGUGAAGAUUAUUUAAAAAACUCAAUUACAUUUUAUCCUGGUUCUGAUUCAGAAAAUGAAUGUUUAUGUAAACCUGGUUAUUAUUUAAGAGAAAAUAAAUGUGUAGAAUGCCCAGAAGGAUUUUAUAAAGAUGUUAUAGGAAACUUUAAGUGCCAUUUGACAUGUGAGCCCGUGAAGAAAAGUACUGUAACUGGAGCCAAAAGUUAUGAAGAAUUAAACUGUUCAUGCAAAGAUGGAUAUUAUACUAUUUAUGAUUCCGUUUGUGAACCUUGUCCACCCCAUAACUAUUGUUUAUAUAACCCCAAAAAUAAGUUUCAUAAAGCUGAUAUCAUAUUGUGUGGCAGUAAAUCAGUAACAUUGACUAAUGGAGCAUCAUCACCAACUCAAUGUGUAUGUGAUCGUGGAUAUUAUUAUGAUAUAAUGUCAAAUAGUUGUCACCCAUGUAAUUUUAAUAGAUACAAAACAACUAUUUCUAAUGAACCAUGUGAAUAUUUUGUGAAUAAUCCGGUACAUUCACAAGAAUAUUUACCCAAUGAAAAUUAUAUCCAAGGACAUAAUAUACAUUUAAAACAGACAAAUAAUAGUAUGUUUGCUAUGACAAAAGGAUCAAAAAUGCCUCAAAUGGCAAAUUUAUGCGAAAGUGGAUAUUUUUAUAGUAUGAAUAAAUCAUUUUGUUCUAUUUGUAGAUAUGAUCAUAUUUGUAAAGGGGCAUAUAAUAAAAUAACACAAUGUCCUAUACAUUCUGUUACUACAAAGUUAAAAAGUGAUUCCUAUUUAGACUGUUUAUGUGCACGGGGAUAUGGAAGAAUAAUUGUUAAUGAUUUUAAUAACUUUUCUAUAUCUUGUAAACCGUGUCCAUAUGGUACAUUUCAACCUCAUCUCUCGGCUGGUGAAUGUAUACCUUGCCCACCUUACACUUUUACAAAAAAUACAAAAUCAACGUCUAUUACUGAUUGUAUACCCCAAAAUGGAUAUUAUAACCAAUAUUUUGAGUAUAUAUAUGAAUAUACAAAAAAUAAGUUAGCUCAAAAUAUCCCCAAUUUUUUGCAAGAAUAUCAUCUUUAUAUAAAUGAUCAGUAUGCAGAAAUUAAACGAAACGUCGCUGAAAAAGACAAAAAUAAAAAUAAUUUAAAAAAGAAUAGUGGCAGUAAAACUUACUGUUACAAUAGUGAUAUAUCCUUUGAUUUGAGAGGAAAUAAAUAUGAAUAUUAUGACACAAAGGAACCAUCUGAUUACUUUAAAACAUAUGGGCAAAAAUAUAAUAAAACCAAUGCCAAAGAUAGCAUGAUCUGUUCUAAAGCAUAUAAUAAUGACGGUGGCAAUUACAUCGAAGAAUCAAACUUUUCUCAUGCCCAAAACAAUUUAAAAAAAUUAAAUAUUAACAAAAUAAAUAAUAACAUACGGCAUUUGAAAAGUCCUUAUAAUAAUAUAUUCCAUACAAAUUAUUUAAAAAAUAUAAUUUUAAUGGACAGGAUAAAACAUUACAAUUUUUUUCAACAAAAUCCUGAUUUUUUCAAACUUAAUAAUACUGAAAGAGAUAAUAUUCAUUUUUAUAUUAAUCACAAUAAUAAAAUGGGUAGAGAUAAAAAGAAUACAGAUUUUUCGAGGCAAUCUAUUGGAUUUAAAAACGUGGGAAUACGUUAUUUAUUGUUCGACAAAAAUAUCAAAAGAAAUAAUAAAAAAAAUACUAAAAUAAAUAGAAAAAAUUAUGUAGGAGAUACAAUCGAAAUGAUAAAUAAUCACAAAAAUGACAUAAGGUUAAUAGGUGUAACAAAAAUAUCAUCAUUAAUCACAGGAAUCGAAAAAACAAUCAAUGAAAUAGAUAUCUUAUCAACAACGCAUGUAGAUAUAUUAAAAACUAUAAGAACAAGAGAACGUAUUUACAAUUCCAGUAUAAGAAAAAAAAUAAUUUAUAGUUGCUAUGAAACAGACCAAUUAAUUAAACACACCAGAAAUACGAUAUAUGCAAUUACUAUACCUGAAAUAGAUAUAAUAAAUUGUUUAAACAAAUGCAUUUCCAAUGUAUAUUGCACAGGAAUAGAAAUAGACAAAAGACAUAAUAAAUGGAAAUCACAUAUAUCUUAUGUUUUAACCAGAAGUUCUGGAUUCGAAAAUAUUAAUAUUUAUAAAUGUAAUUUAUUUCUUUAUGAAGAUUCCGAUUCAUAUUACGAUGUAGACGAUAAAAAUAUAAAUGGAACAAAAAUUAAUAAUAAAAUCAAUGAUAUACAUAAAUAUAAUGGUACAAAUAAAAUAACAAGAUGCAUUAUUCAAAAAAAUUAUAUUUUCCAACUUUGGAAAAUUUAUACUUUUGAAAAAUGCCCAAAUAAUUAUUAUUGUCUAGGAAAUUCAUACAAAAAAUCUAAAUGUCCUUUAAAUUCUGUAAAAACAAAAUUUAAAGGGAAAAUAAAGAAUUGCUUAUGUUUACCUGGUUUUUACUUAAACGUAAAUACUAAAAAAUGUGUUAGAUGCCCUAAAGGAACUUAUAAAUAUAAUACAUCUAAUGAAAAUUGUUUAGAAUGCCCUUUAAAUUUAACUACUAUUUCUGAAAUGUCUACUUCAAUAUAUGACUGUGUUUGUAGAGAGGGAUAUUAUUUUCAAGGGGCUAACCAAAUUGAAUUGAUCAAUACAAAUAAGAUAAAACGAAAUAUACUGAAAAGUUACAAACCAGGUAAACACAGUCCCAUUCAACAAAUAAAAGAUAGAUUUUUAGAGGUGAAUCAAACAAAUAAUUUUUUUAAAAACUCAAAAGGCAUUAAAAGCAAAUUUACUGAACAAGAGAAAGUGAAAUACACUACUAAAAAACUAAAAUCAAAAUAUGUGGCUAAAAAUAAUUUAAUCUCAAUUAAUGAUAUAAAUUUUAUUCAAUCAGAAAAUAUUCAAGUAAUCAAUUUAAAUCCAAUAUAUCAAAAUACAAGAAAUAACGAAAAAUAUUUACAUUCUACAGUGGAUUCUAAAGGCACCAAAAAAAACAUAUAUCAUAAUAUUACCGAACAAUGUGCUAAAUGCCCUAAUGAAAUGUUUUGUCCCGGCGCGUGGUUAAAAAAUUUUGAAUUUCAAAUUCAUCACCCCCCUAUUUUUUGUCCAGAAGGGUCAUUUAUUCCUAAAACCACCAUUAUAUCGACGGAUAUAAAUAAAUGCUUAUGCAAAAAAGGAUAUGGUAUAAAUUUUAAUAAGAAUAAGAAUAAAUGCAUAAAAUGUAAAGAAAAAUAUUAUAAAGAUGUAGUAGAUGAUUCUUUAUGUGCAGGAUUAUGCAUGGAAUAUUCUACUUCAUUUAAAGGGUCGAUCAGCAAAAAACAAUGUUUUUGUAAUACAAGAAAAUAUAUGAUAAGAGAAUCCUCAAAUGAAAUUAAAUGCAUAAAUUGCCCCGAAGGAUCUUUAUGUAUUGGAGGAUUAAAAUAUAAACCAUUAAAAAUAUUAAUUAAAAAUAUUAAUUAUACUAAUAUCGAAGUGGUUGACCAUACUGUUCCAUUUCCCCAAAAGGGAUACUCCGCUACCUUUGAGAUUGUGCAUCCAGAUUUUUCUUGGACACCAUUAAAUUCAGUAAAUCUUAAAAUAAACAAUUAUGAUAAUUCUGAUAUAGUACUGUCAAACAAACUAUUGUUUGAUGUUUUUUAUACGAAGAGAAAUUAUGUUGAAUUGGAAGUGAGCAAGUUUAUAAAUGGUAAUAAGACGUCAUUAUUGAGCAAAAAUUCUAUAUUUUUUAGAAAGAAAAUAAUAUUAAAUAUUUCUAAUAAUAAAAAUAAUAAAGAAAUAUAUUUUUCAAAACAAGAAAAUAAAACACCUGUACUGAUUACAGAAAACGGAGAGCAAAUAAAAUACAAAAAAAGUUUUCUAACUGUUGAUAGAAUACCUGAUUUUCAUAUAUGUCCAAUUAUGAAAAAAUGUGUAGGAGGAAUAAAUAAUUUAUGUUAUGAGGGAUCAGAAGGAUAUUUAUGUAGCAAUUGUUCUAAAAAGUAUGAUACAAAAUAUUUUAGAUCACAAUGCUUUAAAUGCCAAAAAACAAAAAUAGAAAUAUUUAACUUUAUAUUGUUUAAGGCUGUUUUUUAUGCAUUAAUAUUUUUUUUAAUAUAUUUAAAUUAUUUUUGUUGUAUAAAAAAAAAUUUUGUGUUUAUAGGUAUAUUCAAAAUAUGGUAUGCAUUUAUUAUUUCGUUUUUACCAUAUAUAUUUAUAAUGGAUUCUAAUUCACCUAGAGAAGAAAAUUAUAUAUUAUAUUCCCAAUUUUUUACUAGUCUACCUAUAAAAUUUAUUACACAGCAUUUAAAAAUAAAUUGUUUUAUUAAUUCAUAUAAUAAUGAAAAAUAUAUAUAUGUAUGGUAUGUUCAGAGAUUUAUAAAAAUUGCAGAGCCUAUAAUUGAUUGUUUUUUUCUGGUAUGUAUAUUUAUAUGCUUUUAUAUAAUAUACACAUGGUGGAAUUAUCAAAAAAUAAGUCUUAUACAAAAAGUUAUUAAAAAGCAAAUAAAUAAAGAAUAUAAUAAAGAAUAUUAUAAAUACGUGUCUGAUUUCUAUUAUCAUUAUUAUCAAAAAGGGAUUAUAGAUACUAUAAAUAACAAAAGGAAUAAAACAUAUUUGGAAUAUAUGAAGUAUGAUUGCGAUUAUUUUUCCUCAUAUAAUUCAUUGAGUUUUAGGACACCCUUGCUCAAAAAAUGGAAAAAUAAAAAGUGUUCCAAGAAAUUGGAUAAAAGCAAACUCCAUAGUGUAACAUCGUGGAAAUCGAACAAAAACCAAAGUUCAAAAUGGAUCAAUCAAAAAGUAAGCAAUAAAUCCCACAAAUGGAUAAACAAAAAGGAAAAGAAACAAAAAAAUAAAACAAUUUCAUUAGAUGAUAUAAAUUUUUUGGAAUCAUCAAGUUUUUCACGCAAUAAAGAAUUGACAAAAGAAAAUAGUAAAGAAUUUGAUUUUUUAGAUGUUAUAAAUUUUAAAAAAGAUAUAUCUCACAAAAUAAAAAAAACAAGCAGUUUGCCUAUCGAAGAAAAUAAGACAAAAGACAAUUAUUGGACAUCCAUAUGUCUACUAAAUAUAUAUAAUAUUAAAGCUAUGGGUAUAUUUCGAUAUAUUCAUCCCCCUAAUAUUAGUAUACAUAAGAAAAUUGGAAGUAUAUUAUCGGAUUUAAAUGCAAUAUAUAUAAUUGUGUUUUAUAUACAUUUUCCGUUCACACUUAUGAGUAUAUUAGAACUUAUUUGGUGUCAAUCAACAAAAUAUAAAAACAAAUUACCUAUAUUAAUAUUAUAUCACAUGCCUUCACAAGUUUGUAGUUUUCAGAACAAAUUAUUUUUAUCAGGAGUUUUGUUUUCUGGCUUUUUUUUUUUUAUUUAUUUAUUUUUAUUUAUAAAAUAUUUUUAUGGCACAUUUAAAAAUUUUAAAGUUUUCCAAUCCUACGAUAGAGAUUUUAAAUGUUAUUUUUUAUUUAAUGGAUAUAAUUAUCAGAAUCGAUGCUGGGAUUUUGUUAAUAUAAUAAAAAUUGUAUUGUUUGUUACAUCAUUUAUGUGCCAAUUUUACACAAAUAAAAUUAAUAAUUCAAAAUAUUUUAUUUUUUCAUGUAUAAUAUUCAUUAUAAUUACAGAAAUUACACUUAUUUUAUUAUAUUCACCAUAUGACAAAAGAUCUAAUAAUGUUUUACAAAAACUUAGUCUUUUGUCUAUUUUUUCAGUACUCAUAACAUACUUAACUACACACUUUAGCUUCUUUUUUGAUUUUUACAUAAUAAGUGCAUUACCAUUUAUAUUGUUUAUUUAUUUUCACAUACAUACUAUAAAUAAAAUUGUCCUAGAAUUUGCAUUAUAUAAAAAUAUUUUAAUGAAACCUACAAGACAAAAACAAAAACUAGAUUCAGAAGAGUUUCUAAAUGAAAAUAGCAUUUUAUUUAAUUCCUAUUUAAAUACAAAAACGAAUAUCCAAGAUAAUGAUGAAGAUAUUAUUUUCUCAAACAGUAAAAAAAUAAGUAGAAAAUAUAAAAGAUAUAAAAAAGAGAUUCAUUCAAAAAUAAAAGAGAAUUAUAAUUUACUAAAUUUUGUUUUAAGAAUUAAUAAAAUACCUUCAUGUUCCAUAUUUUUUAAUGAGAAAAAUGAAGAAAUAUUUGUACAAGAUUCAAAUGAUUUAAUAAAAUGUAAAUAUUAUAAAAACGAGAAAUAUUUUAAAAAACAUAAUAAUUCUCUUAAGAUAAAUCCAAAUAUUAUUACUCUAGAUAUAUUAUAUUCUGAUUUACUUUAUUAUAAUACAACAUACUCCAAUAAUGAAAUAUUUACCAAUUUAAAUAAUUCACCCCCCCCAAAAUAUUGUUAUAGUAGUAGUGGGUCUAAAAUGAGUAAAGAUGAAAGCCUAUCGAAUCGAAAUGGGUUUAGAGAAUUUUCAAAUACAGAAAAAAUCGUAGAAUCAUCAGAAUCAUAUGAAGAAAAAAAUGUAUUAGAUAAUCAAAUUCAAAAAGAUACGUUAAAAAAUUACAAUUCUCCCUUAAAUAAAACACAUUUUAUCAAAUGUCUCACUGACGCCAUAAAUAUCUUGUUUGUUAAUCAAUGCUAUAAUCACAUAUCUGUAGAAUGGUUGAGCUUUGUUAUAAGGUUUUCUAUAUGCUUUAUACACUGGGUGAAGAAUCAUGAUAAAAACAUAAUUGAUUUACCUCCUUUAAAUAAAAGGCAAUUUGAGUUAAAAAAAAGGAACCUUUUGUUUUAUUCUUUAUUUAGUUCAUAUUCAGAAUUAUAUUCUUUAUAUUUUCAUAUAAAUAAAUAUAAUAAAUUUGAAACAAAUAAAAACGAUUUUGUGAAAGCCGAAAAUUUAGAAAUGUUCUACAUGUAUUUAACUGAGGUCAAUCACCUAAAUAUACAAACUAAUGGAGAAAAUACACAAGGUGAUAAUGAUAAAAUACCAGAGUAUUUUGUUCCUUCAAAUUUAUUAGACGAUGAAUUUUACAUGUGUGAGCAUGAUAUAAUAGCCAUGUUAUUUGAUAAAAGUAUCUUUAGAAACCUGUCGAUUACAUUAUUAGAACUACAAUAUGCCAUUUAUAUGAUACAGUUUAUUGAAAGCAAAAGAUUAUCAAUUUUAAUUUUUUUGUUUUGUGAAAAAAAAAAAAAAAAAAUGAUUAAAGAAAAAUCAUAUAUAAAUAUGAUAAAAGAUACUAAAAGACAUGUACAAAAUAUCCUAAGCAAUGAUACUAAUAUCAAUCAAUUAUAUGAGGUUGAGCAUCGUUAUUUGAAAGAAAAUAAUUAUAUAAUAAAAAACAAAAUUAAAGCGUUACAAAAAAUAAUUAAUAAAAAACAAAAUAAUAAGUAUCCAAAGAUUGAUAAUAUAAAAAGUAUCAUGACAGAAGAAAAUGGCAAAAACAAAUAUGAUAAGUAA